UCUCCUCGUGCUUCCACCAACACAGCACCAGCGUUUCCAGAUAUAUUCCCUCCACCAAACUUGCAGUUGAUGGAUUUGGAUUUGUCCUUGGCUUCACUACGUAUCCCUCACAUUUUGGGGGCUCGAUCGAUAUCCACUAUCCAGUCACCUAAACGUGCCUGGUACAAUGUCGGCUGAUUCGGCUCCAUUUUCAACCCACUAUGGUCCUUUGGAUAACUUCCUGGAUCAAUGGGAUGACUUCAUGGACUUUUCCCAUAAUCCAGACCGGAUGGAGGAAGAAUGGAGACGACUACGAUCUCUUCGGAUCAAUGUAUUGAGGCUUCGGGAUCAACUCCGGAAAAAGCGCGAUGAACUUCGCAAAAGCGAAUUGAACAAGAGCUCUUCAGAUGACGCAUUCAUGAAGUAUAUUAGACAGCGUCACCAUACGGCUGUUGUGGAAUCGUUGCGCGACCAAAUCUUUGUGGAUCCGACUUUAGAGUCGCAUUUCAAAACGAUGCAGGCAGUUAGAGAUGACUAUGGAUCAUUGGAAGACGAUUAUAAAAUCCUGGAAGAGCGGUUGGAUGAUGAAGAGUUAGAGCUGGCUAAGGUUGAAGGACGUUUCUAUCGUAAUAAAAUCCAGAGUGUUGCGGCGGCUUCGGAUUUAAACUUAAGAGGCACUGAAUUCUACACGCCGCCUCCUACUGAAUCAUUCCUGGGGUUUUCCACGGACUCUCUACAGGCAACUCACCCAUUAUAUGCCAAUUACCUUUCUAGGCUUGGAGAUCUUGAUCUGGCCAAAGAACGACUUCAAGAUAUGAUACUAGAACGAGGAGAUCUGCUUCGAUUACGGGAGUCGAAAUUAGUCGUCGGAAUGGAUCUUAAUAACGACGAGAAAAAGUUUCUUGAGAACCUUCCGCUACGGGAAACGGAGCUUCAACAGGAAAUAGAAAAAAUUAAGAAGGACAUUGGGCAGCUGAAGGAGAAGUGUCUGGAAGCUGGCAUCGAUAUCAGUGAAAGCGUCAAUGAUAGCGACGGUGAUGGGGAGGAAAACGACGACAACAAAAUCGAGGAAGACAUCCUAAAAGACAUACAUACUUCUAAAUCAGUGAGCCCGAUACAGAUGCCGUAAAUUGAACUGGAGCAUCCUUUGCCCUUU